AUGUGUUCAAAAUCAUCUAGCAAUAAGCAAUGGGACUCAACAUGGGCUAGCCUGCCAGCAGAAAUCCGGCUUCUCAUCUAUGAAGCCCUAGCCCAAGACGGCUGUCCACUGAGUCAUCUGGCCACGGUCUCUCGAGAGUGGCAAAUAGAACUCGAGCCGUACAACUUUGCACGAAUCAAGCUGACACCAUCGCGCACUGUUGAUUUCGGCUCCAUGAUUCAUCGCAACCGGGCUCUUGUCGGCUACAUCUGGUUCUGCCUGGAACUUGAUAACUACGAUUGCUCCACGUGCGCGCCUUUCUAUUUAACGACCGACGAAAGGAUAAAGGCCCUCAUCAUCACCGAUACGGACCACUGUCCCAUCACCGCUUCUUUCGAGACUUUAUUCUCUGUUCUCAGCACCUGGGAACACGGCCGCCGCGAUCUAACACUUGAUAUUAGUAUCCACUCGCCCAGUGACUCGGAACAUUGGUUCAAGUACCUGACCUUUCUGCCUGAUUAUUCCCCUUCUGAUAGACGACGUUGCCGUGCCGGUGGGAUAGAGCAGACCACCACGGCAAAACAGGUCCACCAUGAUCCUCAACAUGGCUGGGUUGCUGGUUUUCGACACUCCGCUCCGCCUCCAAGGGCCUUCUAUAAAAUUUUCCACGAUAUCAUGGACGAGGGACCGUUUGAAAGUCAAGAGGUGGAGCUCGAAUGGUGGAAUCAGCUGCCAUCGGUCCCGGCGGUAACCAGUCUCCUUCUCCGGCAGCAGAACCGCAGGAGAUGGAAGCCGCAGUCGCUUGCCUGCAUGAUUGCCCGUUUCCCCAGACUACAGCAGCUCCAUUACGAGCCCUGGAGGGAAUGGGGCGCCGUGCAGAUGUACACAGACCUGGAUUUACGAGUUCUCUUCGACUCUCUCCGAAAACGCAACACGAAUCUCAAGAGACUUGUCGUCUUUGAAAACUUUAAUCAGCAGUACCCGGUCACCCUGCAGGUAUCCCACGGUUGGCCCUUUGACUGGAUGCAGUGCGAUGCUCAUCGCAGGCCAAGCCGGUCUGUCAGCAGGAUGAUGGCCUUCGCCAGCCUUGAGCUUGAGCACCUCGCAGCAUCCUUCCUGGUAGAUGCCGCUCAUUUUUUCGACGCGGAACCCUCUUGGGCGUGGCCAAACCUAACAUCGCUUGUGCUCACUUCAGAAUUACUCGUGCCUGACGAAGAGGAGGCGACCUAUAUUGGGGUUCUGCUUCGGGCCGCGGCGAAGGCGGCCAUGAAGAUGCCACGGCUGGCAACGAUGGAGAUUUGGAACGGGAGAAAGGGGUUGGCGGCGCUCUUCAAGUACCAGGCGUUUCGACGGAUGCAGAAAGCCGUGAUUUCUUGGAGAGGCACGUGGAAGUUGACCAUGGAGCCAUCUGUACUCCGGGCUUGGGAAGCCGUCGUACAUCAGCAGGACGGUUGGAGACUUGAUGUGGCUGAGGAAUGGCUGGAUGAAGCUGCCAUCGUGUCUCACGGUGAUGCAAUUCAAUGCCUGAUGCUUUCGGGAGAGGUUAUUCGUCCCGUCUCGUUGCAGCAGAUCCAGAUGGAGCAGAGGGCUCUGGAGGGCGCGGGGACUGUGUAA